CGCGGGAGGGUCGUCGACAGAAUUGGCUGAGGAGCAAGUUCCGUCUGCUGAUCGGGUCCGGAUGUACAGCGGUUGAUAUCGUCCGGCUGUUCUGGCUUUACUAACGUGAAACGCCCCCGAUCUACGCCCACAGGACGGCAACGCAGCAGCAUAGCUAAAGGAGGUCGUAUCCCACCAUAGCACAACAUGGCGCCCUCGCUCAACACGCACUCUUCUUUCACGCGUCCGCGUACCAGCGACCGUGAUGCUCGCCCCAGCACCCGCGACCAGGGCGAUACCAACCUGAUCAUCCCCAGCAGGACUUCCUCCCUCCACUCGCGCAUCACCCAACCCAUCCCUUCGACGCUCAAUGUUAAGCCUCAGCAGCGAACGCCCAAGACGCUGACCCAUGCCUACAUGGUCUGCGGCGUGGGAAGGGAGCCGUCUCAAUGGGUCAAGGCUCCCGCUCCGGCUCAGGGCAAGAUAGGCCACAUGAAGGGCGCCGUUGGCCAGUUUUGGCUCCCCGAGAUUCUAGGAAGUAGCCCGCGUCUCGAACAAGACAACGAGGUCGCUCGUGCCUUGCAUGCAGCCAUGAGAGCGUGCUUCCCUCACGAUGUCGAGAUAUGUACUGGCCGCGCCCAGCCUCACUGUGUCCACCACGCCUUCGUUCUCCAGCAGGAUUCGUCGCACACUCUGUACGGCAUCUGUCUUCGUGUUUGGUCGAGGGCAGACGAGAAGAGGGCCGAGACGAUCAGGGACCUCAGGAAACGCACCGAAACGGACUACUACGACAAUGCUGACGAAACCUACUGGAUCCCGUACUGCUUGUCGUUCCUCUCUCGAUACCCCCUGUACAAUCUCCUGGGCGACUACUUGCGAGGAAUGUGGAUUCACUGGAACAAGGCGACGAAUCUCUUCCACGCCGAGGAAGUCUCGCGCAUCCUGAGCUUCCCCGCCCCGAGGCUCAACGACUUGGUUCGGAUCGACAUGAAGGAUUACGCGCUGUGCUACCAAUUCCCGUCCUCGCCCACCGGAUUUCAGAACUUCGCCAUGUGGCCGCUGUGGACCUGUCUUUCGAUUCCCAACAUCGUUGGCGUUAUCGAAGCUGCCAUCUCCCCCACUCGACGAAUCAUCUUUGUCAGCCAUUACCCCGCGAUGCUGACCAUGGCUGCCGAGACCGUUCGAUUCUGCGUCCGCGUGUACGAAUGGAGUGGUCUUUACGUUCCGGUUGUCCAUGCCCGGCACGCGAAGGAACUGGUUGAGGAGCCCGGUCCGUAUAUCCUCGGUCUCACGGCCGAGUGCCGAUCUCUGUUCACCGCACCGAACGACGCCCUAGUGAUCGACCUCGAUCGCAAUUUCGUGCUUACUUCGAGCCCGCCCACCGCGCUCAAUGCGAACCAACGCAAUAAGUUCGUCACUCGGCUGACUCAGGCGUUGAAUGGGGAUGUUACGCCGUCGGGCGUGCCUCAACACCUACGAUCAGCCUACGGAGGUGGGAAGCUGGUGCCUGCCGGCCAAAUUAUCGUCAUGCGUGGAGAGGUAGAGUCUAUCCAGGACCCCGAGUGGUGGAACCAGGACGCGGUCAUGUCCGUGAUGGACCACAUCUGCGAGAAAAUGGGUCGCAACACUGGAUUGAAGGCCGUUUUCGGUGGUUCCGUCAAGAAACCGCUGAUGACUAAGGUUUCGAUGAGACAUCUGAACGAGAUCGUAAGGGAGCGGAACCAGUACUCUCGGGACGCCUUAGAAGCGUGGCAAGACUUCAUCAACCUUAAGGGCCGUAUGGAUACGGAACUCAGCAAGGUUACGAAGCGAAACAACUACCUCGUCGAGGAGCUGGAAAGCUGGAAGCAGCAGUUCCUCAAAUUCCAGGCCUUUGCCGAGCAGCUCACGAAGGAGACCCAGGAUCUUAAGGCGAAGAUCGAGAACCACAAGCGGGAGAACCGCAGACUCGGCGGUCUCAUCGACCAGCAGAAGGACGAUAAUUCCCGCCUCACUGUCCGCCUUUCCGGCACCGAGAAGCAGCGAGACGACGCCCUCGAGGCCCUCGUCCUCCAGCAGGAGAUCGCCGAGGAACUCGAGCGGGAACGCAAGCGAAACAAGAAGGAGUUGGCGGCACUCCAGCACACGAAUGUCACCAUUGCACGACAGCGUGAUGAGGCGCGCCGCGUGGUCCUACACCUGCGCAGCCUGAUCGGCGGCCAAUCCCACCACAUGGAGCACUUGGUUCAGUCAUUGACGACGCGUGAGGACUUGGCUAGCGAGAUCGAGGAGGGCUUCGAGGAGGAAGAUGAGAAUGAUGACAACCACGGAAUGAAAAGCUCCAGCCGGGCUAGCCAGCGUCACUCCACGGCUAGCUUCCAUGACGUGGCGGACCGUCACCUCAAGGAUAAGACGGACGCCAUCUCUCACAUUAUUCGGAAUAUUGCAGAGCAAUGCCAAGCGGCCGUCGAGGGCCUUCAGCUCGCCCAAGACGCCGAGCUGGAGUCGUUGAGAUCUGCUCGCCGGGCUAGCAAUAUAUCAACUGUCGCUAGUGAGGAUGGCCAUGAUCACUCGGCAGCCACCUCCGAGGUUGGCGACGACAGCCUCCUCCACCCUUCGGGGCGUGUCUCCAGCAUCCCCCCCACACCGGACUUGAUCCCCAACCGAAGCAGCACCGCCCUAUCCAUGGCGUCGACGAUGACCACCCCAGAGCGGGCUAGCCAGCAGUACAGCAUGCACAACGAUAUCCCCACUAAGAUCGUCGAGGACGACGAGGACUUGGCGGAGCGAAGCGAGAGCGAUGCUAUCUCUCACGAGCCUGGCACGGUCGGUAAGUCCGCCGAGGGGCUCAUUCACCGUCGGUCUGGCGCCAGAAUAAGCGCUCUCGGUGGGGCCCGGUGACGGUUUGCCCUUUAGUAGAUAGUUGCAUGGACGGAGUCGGUGGUGGUAUGUUUCGCUAUGUUUAACCUCUGGAGAGAAUUUGGGUUCGGGACGACGCGGUUCCUCCUCCCCCUCGGCCCCAGAUCCCGCUCGCGUACGGACUCUUUUAUUUAUACCUCUGGCUGGAAGUCCCUAUGGAUUAGCACGGCGUUCUACUCUACGAAGAGUUUCC